AUGGAGAGUCUAGGAGAAAACAUGGCAGUGACAGUGGCUUUUAUUCAUGAUGCUAAUAAGUUAUCAAGAGAAGAAGAGAUAAAUGAAAAUGUUGAUGAAAACAACAAUGACAGACUUGCUAUUACUCAGUGCAUUGGUGAAACAGAUACUCAUUUGGAUGCAAUUAUUUCUCGCUAUGCACACACUCUAACCAACUACAGCUUGCGUAACUUAGGGUAUCCUACUAAUCAAGACUUCAACUAUGAGGCAUUAGCACCGUUGCUUCAAUUUCACUUGAAUAAUGCUGGAGAUCCAUUUCUUGGAAGCAGUUUCUCUCUAAAUUCAAUGAAAUUUGAAGUUAGCGUGCUAGAUUGGUUUGCUAAACUAUGGGAAAUAGAGAAGAAUGAGUACUGGGGAUACGUUACUUGUGGUGGAACAGAAGGCAAUCUUCAUGGCAUUUUAGUAGGGAGAGAGCAACUUCCAGAUGGGAUUCUAUAUACAUCAGAAGACUCACAUUAUUCAAUAUUCAAAAUAGCUAGAAUGUAUAGAAUGAAAUGUGUGAAGGUUGGCUCUUUGAUCUCUGGUGAAAUUGAUUGUUCCAAACUAGAGGCUUCUCUGCUUGCCAACAAGGACAAACCCGCCAUUAUCAAUUUAAACAUAGGGACAACUUUGAAAGGAGGCAUUGAUGAUCUUGAUCUUGUCAUUAAAACACUUGAUAAAUGUGGAUUUACUAAUGAUCAAUUCUACAUUCACUGUGAUGGAGCUCUUUAUGGAAUCAUGUUGCCUUUUAUAAAACAAGCUCUAAGAAUUAGCUUCAAGAAACCUAUUGGCAGCAUAACUAUUUCAGGCCAUAAGUUUUUAGGAUGUCCAUCACCUUGUGGUGUUUUGGUAACUCGUUUGAAAUACAUCGAUGCACUUUCAAGAGAUGUUGACAUCAUUGCUUCAAGAGAUGCCACAAUCACAGGUAGUCGUUGUGGACAUGCUCCAAUCUUCCUUUGGUAUGCUCUCAAAAAAAGGGGUUUAACAGGACUUGAGAAUGAAGUGCAUAAAUGUAUAUUCAAAGCACGUUACUUGCUAAAUCAACUCCGUGGUGCUGGAAUUGGUGCAAUGUUAAAUGAGUAUAGUAACAUAGUUGUUUUUGAGAGACCUUUAGAUGAUAACUUUACUCGUAGGUGGAAUUUGGCAAGCAAUACAUAUAUUGCACAUGUGGUAGUGUUGAAGCAUGUUACUGUUGAAAUGCUUUACACAUUUGUUCGUGAAUUUGUCAAAAAACGACAUAUUUGGUAUAAAGAUGGACAAGUUCAACCUCCAUGCAUUGCUAACGAUGUUGGUUCUAGAAAUUGUGCUUGUUCGUUACACAAAUUAUCAAGAAAGUAUUAG